AUGGCACUGCGCGACAAACUGUUAGUCGGUGUUAGGAGUAAAGAGGUGCAAAGUCGAAUGUUAGAAGAGGAGGAUUUAAAUCUGGCCAAGGCUGAACGAAUUAUAAUCAAUCGCGAACAAGCAGAAGAACGUGCAUCUAAAAUUAAUGGAGAACCUUCCAGGGUCAGUGCAGUCGAGCGUCAUGGUUCAAGACGAGUUUCGUUUACACGAGAUAUUUCACCGGUUUAUUCGAGUUUUCGCGGUAGGAGUCGUGAUCGUCGUGGUCGUGAAAGGAAUGCCAGGAUUUACAAUGAUACGCGUAGCAGGAGUAAUUCGACACCACGCAAACGAGAACAUAGGCAACUUUAUUGCACAUUUUGUCGCCGAACUGGGCAUAUUCGGAAAUAUUGUUAUGAUCAAAAACGUAUGAAACCUGCCGUCAAUUCUGUUGCAAUAGAACCAAAGGAGCACGUUUUUAAACGAGAAGAUUUAUCUGAGCGUUUACGUAAAGCAAGGCUAUCGGAAUCGGAAGAUGAAAUGAAUGUUCUUAUGGUUUCUUCGAACAAGCGUAACAAUCCGUGUAUGAUCGAUGUAGAAGUGGACGGUGUCAUGCUGCAAAUGGAGGUCGACAGCGGUUCCGCGGUUUCCGUUAUGUGCAGGAAGACGUAUGAAAGUUUUUUCAAACAUAAACCGCUCCGCUGCUGCUCUUUGAAUUUGGCUGUGGUGGAUGGAGCUCGUUUGAAAGUCAUCGGUAGUAUUUCGGUGCAUGUUCGUAUCGAUAAAAGGCAGAAAUAUGCAACUUUGGUGGUUUUGGAAAGCUCUAAACGUUUCAUGCCGUAG